UAUAAAGACGUUGUGCCUUCAAGACACAGCAAAUUAACUCCAUUGGCGAAUUAUCGCAUUACGAGACGCCGCUCAUCGGUGCGCGACGGAGAUUACUUUCCUUUUUUUUAAUGGUGACAUCUGAUUAAAGCGAGCGGAGCUGGGUGAAGAUGAUGGAGUAUAUGGAGGAUAAGUUUGCGUUGAAAAGCCAAGCGAUGAAGGCCAGCGAUUAUUACAUGGACCAAGUCAUGGAGAGCCUGGACAGCGCGCAGUACUUCACCAAGUCCUCCCCGAAGUGCGUGCAGGCCUUCGGGCUGCAGAGCGGCGAGCACCGCUCCUCUCCGUGCGGGGACCAGACCGCCGGUUACGGCGUGCCAAAAACAGACGAAGACACUUUGCACUCGGACCUCGGGAGGUCGAUGGACAGUUGUUGCACUCUGCGCGCGUCUCCGGUGACAACCGGGCCGGAGAAAACGGAUUUGGACGACAUGGGAGACAAGUGCGACAGUAAUGUGUCCAGCAGCAAGAAGAGGAGACACCGGACGACCUUCACCAGCGCGCAGCUGGAGGAGCUGGAGAAGGUCUUCCAGAAAACUCACUAUCCAGAUGUUUAUGUGAGGGAACAGCUGGCCAUGAGGACGGAAUUAACAGAGGCCAGAGUGCAGGUUUGGUUUCAGAACAGAAGAGCAAAGUGGAGGAAGAGAGAGCGCUACGGGCAGAUCCAACAAGCCAAAACUCACUUCGCAGCCACCUACGAUUUAUCAGUGUUGCCGAGGACUGACAGCUACACACAGAUUCCCAACAACCUGUGGCCGAGCCCUGCUCCUGGCGGCUCUGUGGUCUCCUCCUGCAUGCUGCCCCGAGGCUCCCCUCCCUGCGUCACAUCCUACUCCCACUCCCCACGUUCAGCAGCCGGUGCCACCGAGCACGGCUACGUGGGCUUCCCCAACCAGCAGAACCAGUUCGGUCACGUCUCCCUCAACAACUUCUUCAGCGCAGACUCGCUCCUCACGCCAGCCGCCAACGGUCACCAUGCCUUCGAGACCAAGCCUGAGUUUGAGAGGCGCUCAUCCAGCAUAGCCGUGCUGCGCAUGAAGGCCAAGGAGCACACAGCCAACAUCUCCUGGGCCAUGUGAUCAACUCUCCUGUGCAUGUCUGGAAAGGCUGGAUAAUGUAUGGAAAAAUAUUUUUUAGAAUUUACAGUUUGUGCAAAGUGUGGCGAUUGCCCAAAGAGUCUGAAAUCAUAUUCAAAACUACCUGUCACCCAAAAUCUUCUUUUGUCGUCUACAGAUGGAGAUGUCACUUAUCUGUUGUUGCGAAGAAAAAAAUCAGCUGUGGACAAUUUUACCAUGAAACUGACCUGCUAUUUAAACCUGCAUCAUAUGCAGCUCUGACCAUAACUCGAUCUAGAAACAUCAAUGUAGAAAAUAGUGUCUGGAUAACGUUCAUAAAUAGAAAAUGUGUCAGGAUUUUUGUCUCUCUGCAUUUUCUGAAAUCUGCAACUCAAACGCUGCAGCUUGUUACAAAAGUUAAUAAACAGCCACAGUGUUGUGUGACAGAUAUACAGCUGUGUUUCUGCUCUGAGGCAGAUCUACAGCAGGGUGGAGGUAUGCACAUUACUCAGACAAUCAUGUGGUCAAAGACACUUACAGGAAUAGUUCAGCCCAAAAUCAAAAACACAUAGUUCUCUUACCUGUAGUGCUGUUUAUCAGUCUAGAUAGUUUUGGUGUGAGUUGCAGAGUGUUGUAGAUAUCAGUCGUAGAGAUGUCUGACUUCUCUCCAAUAUAAUGGAACUAGAUGUCACUCAGCUUGUGGAGCUCAAAGUGCCAACAAAUCAUAUUUAAAAACUCAACAUCAAUGUCUCUUUCCAGAAAUCAUAACGUGGUUACUCAAGUUAAUUCACAGACUUGUGUUGUGAGCAGUUUGAUGAGGGAACUAUUUUCUUUCAACGAACUACAUCCGCCAACCAUAUGACCGCGCAGAGGGAAGUGUGCAUCUACUCAUGGGAGUGAGCAGUUUUAAUUAACCCUUUCCUAAGUCUCGCCCCUUGAAUGCAGACUGGCCAAUCAUUUCAUAGCAUUAGCAUUACCCUCACAUGCGGUUGUUUUAGAUUUCAUUCAUUUUCAGGCUGUGUUUGUGAAUUUGGAGCUUACUGUUGUACCUGGAGAACAUUGUGUAAGGGUCUGUGCACAUGCCACAUUGUUUGCAUCCCCAAUUGCUUCAUUGUUUUCAAUGUAGACAAGCUGUUGGGCACGCUCAAAUGCCUGCGUGACAACUGUCAUGGUGCCCACGUGUUCUCAAGCGCCUAUUAUUCAGGGCCCAACAACUGAACCCUGAAAUGAACUCAACUUUUGGAACACAUCAGAAUUUAUCUCAGCCUUUAUCUCUUUAUUGCACCUGCCGUGCUUCUACAUUAAAGGGAAAUUUCGGUUUAUUUCAACCUGUCUCCUAUCGUCCUAAAUUUGUUUCAAGUGACUAGUGAC